AUGCUCAGAUUACCGCUCAAGUGCCGGCCGGUCAAACGAUUUAUGUCUGAACAAGUAAAGUUCGGCACUAAAGGGGUCUCCCGCGUGUUGACUUUGGCAAGACCCGAGAAGCUGAACGCUUUGUCAACGCAAAUGUGCUCCCAGAUGAUUCCUACGCUUCUCGAAUACAGUAAGAGCGACGUAAACAACCUGGUGUUAAUCAAAUCUGCCAGCUCGCCCAAAUCCUUUUGUGCAGGUGGAGAUGUAGCAACGGUGGCUUUACAAAAUAUCAGCGGAAAGCAGGCCAAGUCGCUGGAGUUUUUCCAGCAAGAAUACUCGCUAAACAUGCUUUUAGCGACUUACAAUCGUCCAGUGGUGGUAUUGAUGGACGGAAUCACCAUGGGUGGUGGUGUUGGUCUCGCUACACAUGUACCGUUCCGUGUGGCCACGGAAAAUACUCAAUGGUGUAUGCCAGAAACAGACAUCGGGUUUUUCCCCGAUGUCGGAACAACUUUCUCGCUGCCUCAAAUUGCUACAAUAGGUGGCACCGAGGGUCAAUUGGCUCUAUACUUGUGUCUGACUGGGGACCUAUUAUCGGGGGCUGACGUUUACAUGGCUGGGUUCGCUUCCCACUAUGUUCCUAGCAAUAACUUGGAGGAUUUGCAGGCGAGACUCGGUGAACUACCAGUCCACAACAACUCAGAGGACAUGUGGGACAUCACCGGCGCCGCUAUUGAGGAAUUCUCCGUCGGUUUGGAGGAGGACUAUCAGUUCAAGUACUCUAACGCCCAGCUCGACGUCAUCGAGUCCUGUUUCGACUUAGAAACUGCUGGAAACAUCAAGGCGAUCAAAAACGCUUUGGACAAAAUUGUAAAUUCCACUUCGGCUGCGCCCGAGGAAAAAGAGUUUUCCCGCAUGACCCUCCGAAAGCUGGAUUCCAAAAGCGCAGUUUCUCUGCAAGUGACUAUCGAGCAGUUUCGCCGAAACAAGGACUCUGACAUCGAGUCGUCUCUAAAACAAGAUCUCGUCACUGCAUCCAGUAUGUGCGAGGACGCCGUGUCGGAAUUCUCUGCGGCCACGAAACACAAGCUGGUGGACAAGAACAAGACACCAUACGCAUGGUCGAAAUCAGGGCUAACCAUCGAAGAGCUCUCGCGCCUCGUUUCUCCUCGUGCCUCGAACCCUGCUUCGCUGCUCACUUCAGCUGACGCGAUCACGUGGAAGAAGUACCCAUAUCAUUCAAAGUUCAUGCUGCCCACCGAACAACAAGUCAAAGAUUACAUCACGGGCAAUGACAAUUCCGGAAGAUCGCUGGCAGUAUCCCGUCUUGAGGUCGUCAAGUACUUUUCGCAGUACAAUCCUUCUUCCAGAGGUAAAACUGGCAUUCAGUAUUUGUGCAAUCAAAUUUGUCGCAGAAAAUGCACUGCAGGCGACGCUGGCGAGCUUCACUGGAAAGACAAAACUCUAACUUAG